AUGGCCAGCUCAGUGGAUGCAUCUUCUGCAGGCCUUGCCAGUGGGUUGGGUCCCCAUCGGAGAAAGAGGACUACCUUCAGCAGAGGGCAGCUGCUGGAGAUGGAGCGGGUGUUUGCAGCACGGCCCUACCCCGACAUUGGCACCCGUGAGCACCUGGCCCAGGUCACCUGCCUUCCUGAGGCCAAAAUUCAGGUGUGGUUCCAGAACCGCAGAGCCAAGAGAAUCAAGAAUAGAAAGCCAGGAGGCCUAAGCCCUAGGCCUGAGCCACCCCAGAGAUCCUGUUCUCUUCCAGACACCAUCAAGCAGUCUGGGGAGCCCCGAACCCUGGGCCAGUCUCCACCCUCCAACAGCACAGCUCAGUAUGCCUCUGUGUGUCGACACACCUCCUGCCCAGCUCCUGGCUUGGGUCCAGGGCAUGGAUGGGUGGGGGCUAAAGCUACUGCCCCAUGGGGACCAGCUGGGGCUGCAGGGGUCCACCUAACUUCAGAGCGAGCUACCCCCCAGAACUCACUGGGCAGCCUGUCUGACCUCAUCUAUGCCUCGGCCAUUGUCACCAACCUGGACCACUCCUAA